GCCAAAACCUAGCCUCUGUUUUAUUGCACUGCGCACUGUUGACUGAUGGCAUCCAGCAAAUCCAUUGUAUCAAACAGUCCAUAUGCUAAUAGAAAACUCAGGUACUCAGUUAUGACAGCUAUAUGACAACCAAAAUAGGGCUAUUGAGAAACAAGAGGAAGGAUAUUAACAUGCUUGGGAGAACGAAGACUAGACAUUCUCAGUGGCAUACUGAGUGUCUGGGUGUGAGAAGACAGAAAAUUGUAAGAGGAAAGAGAAAUGGAAUAAAGCAUCUUUAAAAAAGACAUGGCUGGUUGGAUCACAGGAACACCCCAGGGCAUUAUGUGCCAGAUGUGUCUCCUGUUAUAGCCUAUUAGCUAUAUAGUAAACCUAAUACUUAUGGUAGAUAUACUGUAUUUUAAAUUCAAUUUGUAAGCUUAAGGAGAUAUAUAACGCUAUGUAUUAAUUAUGCAACUUUUUAAUGUAUAGAUUGUGGCUUUAUUGGAGAAGAUGGAUACAAGUGUUUUGUGCGACCCCAUGGUUAAAAACUGCUUAGAAAUUUUGGGAUUUAUAUUCUUAUCUCUGGAUAUAAAAAACCCAUUGAAAAAAGUGCUGGCAAGCUCCUUAAAUGGCCUCCCUGAACCUCAUAUUGCAGAAGUUACACAGAGUUUUGUGGCUUGCCUUACGGAGGAAUUAAAAACUACAGAUCUGUCUCAGUAUAGAAAGACUAUGGACAAUCUUGCUUCCUGUAUGGAAAAUAUUAACAUAGGCAAAUCAUGUGUGAAUAUUUUGUUGGAAGAAGCUCUUCAAUUUCUUCAGAGAUCUAUACUUGAAAUAGAGAAAGAAAGCAGAAAGCUCAGUGGAAACCACAUUGUUCAAACUCGAUUGAUGCAUGAUUUGUUGAUGGGCGUUAAAGUUUCAAUGAUGCUGAUACAAAAAAUAGAAGAAAAUAUUCAGGAAAAUAUUUGGAAUAGAUUGGAUUGUCCUGCCUGGCAAAGUAUGUGUGGGCUACUGACCACUUUUAUAUGCUUCUUAAAUAAUGAAGAUCUCUUGCAAACAAUUCAGACUACGGCAGGAUUGGCUGCUGUUCUUUUUAUGAAAACUAUGUUGGAACCAGCUGAAAAACUACCUUGUUUGAUCAGUGACUUGCUUUGUGGCUCACUGAAAUGUUCUGACAUACCACCCUGGUUUGUGGACAGCUGUGGAAAUCUUUGUAGUGCUGAGCUUUCUGACUCAGUCCUCCUUUUUCUUUGUCAUGGAGCACUAGCUAUGUUAGAGUGGAAAAACAACAACAUGGGGCAUAAUGCAGAGAAAUUGCUCUUGGAUAUUGCCCGGACCUUAUUGACCUUGAGUACACGGCUAAAAGAUUCUGCUAUGGCAGCAUCUCUUUCCAGAGUUGUAACCAUUUGGACUAAUGUAGCUUUGGAUGUUCUUCAGUCAAGCUCUAUAAACCUGAAGUUCAGUCUCAAUGGAAACUCAGAUACAGCUGGAAAAAUGCUGGAAUAUGUCUAUGCACACUGGGAACAUCCUAUGGACGCUGUUAGGCAUCAAACCAAACUUAUAUUUAAGAAUGUAUUACAAAUACAUCAGGCUACUGUAAAAGGAUCUAUUGAUUUAAAAGUAGACCCUUUCUUCUUGCAUCUAACUGACAGUUUGCUAAAUUUGGAAUGGCAUGUUAAAGGUAAAUAUUCAUCACUUGGCUGUCUUGUGGAAUGUAUUGGAAUUGAAUGUAUUCUAGCAGUGGAUAAGACAAUUCCUGCUCAGAUCUUGAGUGUCAUGAGUGAUCAGUCUUUUGCACCUUAUGCAAGUGAUCUGUUGGAAAUUAUGUUUGUGAAUCACAAGAAGCAUCUUACAUCCAUUUUGGAAGGAAACACCUGGAUUGACAGUUGGCACGAGACAUGGGUGUCUCCCCUGCUCUUAAUUUUGUGUGAUGGAAAUGCAGAGCAAGCCAUGUAUGUAACAGAUUAUUAUCUACCCAAAUUGCUGAAAUGUAGCCCUGAAAGCAUGAACUACAUGAUCAAAAUUCUUCAGACAUCAGCAGAAUCUAAUGUUGGAUCUUGCAGUACCAGAGGUGCACUUGGAGCCUUGAUGGCAUGCCUGAGGACAGCCAGAGCUCAUGGACACUUGCAGUUUACAGACAUACUGCAUGGUGGUCUUGUAUCCAUUGGAUGUAUAAAACAAGGCUUAGUCCAUCAACAUGAUCAGGUACGAAUAGAUGCUUUAGGUUUGCUCUGUGAGAGUCACCGCAGCACAGAAGCUAUCUCUCUAGAAGAAAUGCAUCUGAUACAAUUUUUUAUAAGAUACAACUUGAACAGCCAGUCUCCAGCAGUGAGGCAACAGAUUUGUUCCCUCCUAAAAAAGUUGUUCUGCAGAAUAUAUGAAAGCUCCCAGACAGCUCAUAAAAUGCAGCAAGCAAAAUCCAAACAAGAUUUAGUUAAGAACUCUGUUACAUGGGACCCAUUGAUGACUCUGCAACGGUACAAGGAUUUCAUGUCUUCUGUCUGUAGUAUACUAUUUGGAGCUCUGUUUCCAGGUUCAUCCCAUCCAACCAGAUUUACAGCGCUGACUCUUUUGGGAAUAAUAAGUGAAAUAUUUCCUAUUUUAGAUGGACAAAGCCAGGAAUUAUUUCAGAUUUCUCAAGAAGUUGAUCCUGCUCGUGUUCAAAGUCUAGUCCAUUGUUUUGCCAGCACUUUCGAGGAGGUAAAGAUUUUGGCGUUCGAUCUUCUGAUGAAGCUUCAUCCAGCGCGGCCUUAUUUUCAGGAUCCUGAAAAAUUGCAGCCAUUGUUUGAAGUAGCAAUGCAACUCAGCAAAAGUACUAAACCCUAUGACUGUGUAACUGCCUCCUAUUUACUAAACUUCUUAAUACAUCAGAAAAAUCUGCUAAAGAUCAACUUUAAGAAUGAUCUGUUUCUGAAAACAUUUCAUCUUGAUGUGAAUUUGUCUGCUGACCCAGUGGAAGGGAAUACGUUGACUGUUAUCAAGUAUUUAUUGCAAAAUCUUGAAAGAGAAAUAUUACAAGCUGAGAAAUCUUUGCUGCAAGCAGCAGCUUCAUUUCCAAUGUAUGGUAGAGUACAUUGUAUAACAGGAGCUUUGCAUCAUUUAUCAUUAACUAAUAUGACACAAAUUUCUGAAUGGAAGGAGUUGGUGGAAAAGCUUAUUGGGAUAUCCUAUAAGCUUUCAGCUGUAGUUUCUCCAGUUGUUCAGAGUUCGUCACCAGAAGGCCUAAUUCCAAUGGAUAUUGACUUGGAUGCUACAGAGCGCUUGCAAUCGAUUCUGCUUGAGAUACAACCAUGUGAUUCAAAUGAUUAUUUCAUGGAAUCAAAAUUGAUGAAAGAACAUUGCAGCCUAGAAUGUGGUGAUGAGACAACUGCUAACAUGAACAGUGAAAUAAUAGGUGAUGAACAGCAGACAUGUGAGGUAACAGCUCAGAUGGUGCUAGUAUGUUGCUGGCGAAGUAUGAAGGAAAUAUCACUACUUCUAGGGAAAUUGUGUCAACUUCUGCCCUUAGAAGCAUAUCCUGGUCCGGAUGCACUGAUAACGGUAGAGCAGGUGAAAGAUAUUGGGGAAUAUUUCAAGCAUCAUCUUUUAAAGUCCCGGCACAGAGGAGCAUUUGAGCUGUCUUAUGCUGGUUUUGUUAAGCUCACCGAAGUACUUUCAAGAUGUAACAAUGAAAACCUGCACAAGCUACCACAGCAAUGGCUGUACAAUGUACUAGAAGAAAUUAAAUCUAGUGAUCCUUCAUCUAAACUGUGUGCCACCAGACGUAGUGCUGGGAUCCCAUUCUAUAUACAGGCUUUGCUAGCCUCAGAACCAAAGAAGAGUAAAACAGGUUUGCUAAAAAUAACAAUGCAAGAGUUGAUACAUUUAGCUUCACCUUCAAAUGCACCGCCAACCACAAUCCCUCAGGUCCAUGCUUUAAAUAUCUUGAGAGCUUUAUUCAAGGAUACCCGCUUAGGAGAAAAUAUCAUUCCUUACGUGUCAGAUGGAAUGCGAGCAGCCGUAUUAGGUUUUACAUCUUCUGUCUGGGCAGUAAGAAAUUCAUCUACACUUCUUUUUAGUACCCUCAUUACAAGAAUAUUUGGAGUUAAAAGAGGAAAAGAUGAGAACUCGAAAAAAAACAGAAUGUCUGGGACAGAGUUCUUCACUCGAUAUCCAAAUCUUUAUCCAUUUUUGCUCAGUCAGUUGGAACUUGUAACUAGCACAGUAGACAGCAAAACAAGUGAAUUGGAGCUCCAUCCAAGCUUGUUCCUUUUGCUUUUGAUCUUGAGUAAGCUGUAUCCAUCACCAAUGGAUGGGACAUAUUCUGCUCUUAGCAUGGCUCCAUUUGUUCCUUUUAUUUUGAGAUGUGGUAAGUCUCCUGUAUACCGCUCACGUGAGUUGGCUGCUCGGGCCCUUGUUCCCUUUAUUAUGAAAAACCUGGUGCCACAGACAGUGACAUCCUUGUUGACUGAACUUCCAGAUUUCACUGAUCCUUAUGUACGACAGAAUGCAGUGCAUGGAACAUUACUGCAAGUCUUUCACUUGCUGCAGCCCUACUUGGACUCCAAACAGAAGGCUAAUUCAGGCUUUCUUCAAGGCUUGAGCAACAUCAUCACUUGUAUUGAAGCCAAGCUGUGGUUGGCUAAGAGGCAAAACCCUUGUUUGGUGACUAGAGCAACAUAUAUUGAUGUCCUUGUCUUGCUGAAUAAUUAUCUUGGAAAAUCCAGAAUGAAAGGAACAGAGUUGCUCAGAUUUGAGGAGAAAAUUGGCACAGUUAUCUCCAAUUCUGAAUUGGUAAUGGGUAUCAGCCACUCUCCUGCAGUGCCCGGACUUGGUCAGUAUCUCCAAAGCCUCACCAAGCUCUACAUAUCUGUGUGUUCAGUCACUACAGAUCUUGGAUUUGUACACAGUGGUUUACUUGCCAAAGAGGAAAGACUGGACUCUUGUUUGUCAGUUGCACAUCUGCUACAUUCUGACUUCUGUGAAGUGCGUUUAUUGGUCUUAGAUGCAAUCCUGAUGUGGUUAAAUCAAGCAAAUUCUAAACAUGGGAUGGAAGGAGGAAACAUUCUGUUGUGUCUACUGUCUGGUUUGGAAGCAAGUCUCCUUAAGAUAGCCAUAAUGGAAAAGCAUCCAGAAUGUUUUUGCAAGGUAUUACAAACUCUUUACUGUAUGGACCUGAAAAAUUUGCUUUCAAAAACAGAAGAUGCUAUAAAUAUGAGUCCAAAAGAUUUCCUGCAGUGGGUUAUGAACAUUGCAGAUACCUCUGACAGCAUUGAAAUUCAAAGUAUAGCCCUCAAGUUUGCCUCAAAGUUGGUCAUCCAUCUUGUACAAAAUUGGCAAGAGGAUGUAAAAUUAGAGAUAAAAGAGUGGGUUGAAAUUGUCAUUUCUUAUUGUGGAGAUGAACAGCAAACAGAUCUAAGAUUGGCUGCAGCUGAGAGUCUUGUGAGCAUUACACCAUUUUUCCUGACGAGCCAGAAACUUUUCUUGAGUUUGUCUGAUACACUACUCCUUUGGAAAUGUGUUGUUCAGCUGUUGCAAAGUGAAGAACAGAUAGUAAGAGAUAUAGCUGCUGGUGUUAUAAGACUGGCCCAGUGUCAAGAAAAUAUGUUCAGAAAAACAGAGCUUCACUUCCAUGCAGUCAAUGCAGAAAUGGCAUUGGAUUUAGCAUUUGCCAUCCUGUGUGAGCUGCUACAACAGUGGGAACAGACUGGUGCUGGGGUUGUACUCUUACUAGAAUGGUUGCUAGAAAAAGAAGAUUUGAAAGAACUGGAGGCUGCAACCAUGGUGGGAAAUGACAACCUAUUUGACAAAGGAGAAGUGAAUUUUUGGGCUGAGGAAUUAACAAAGGUGUAUCACCUCAAUAAACAUCUCCUCCUGCUCCUACCGGUGACUCACAUCACUCCAUGUGAUCAACUAAAGCUGAAUCAGUUGGCAAGAUUUGCCUCUGAUCAAGCCAGGCUUGUGACACAACUUCUUAAAGAAUUGUCUCCAACACCAGAAUUUUCCCAGACUGUAGAAUACACAAAGUUGGCUAUCCAGAAUCAAAGAAUAUCAGUUUGCCUUAAAAUAUUAGGCUUGCUGGAAGCUGGAAAUGACACCUACGGAAAACCUGAAAACAAAGAGGGAGCUGAAGAUUUGCUCGCUGCUACCUGCUAAUUAACAAUAUUACAAGCAGAAAGACGGGUACAUUUAUUUUGCACUUUCUCAGUGUGCAAGGAACUAACAGCAAAAAGUGUUAGAUACUUCUUUGUAUUCAAAUCCCUUCCAUCUUCAUCCGAUGGGAUGAGGAAGUCUCCUGUGAAUGCCCUCAAUUUUAAUCCUGGCCAAUGGGUUUUGCUGAAGCUACUGGAAGAAGUAGGUCCAGAAGACUUUUUAUUCCCAUCUACCAGGUGCUGUCCACCUGUUGAUCUGAUAUGCUGAUUUUAUUCAGCAAGUUGUAAUGCUGCAAUACUUGUCUUCAUGUUACUUUACAACUGUAUACCAUAUUCUGUGCACAAGCAAAUGUACAGUAUCUAGUCAUGGGCCAAUUUUAAAGUAAUCUUAAAAUAAGAUGGCUUUUGUCAAUUGCCAAACUGCCCUGAGAGCUCAAAACUUAAUUCUUUUAAAUCAUGCAAGGCCUGAAUUUUUGAGGAAGCAUUAUUUCCCUUUGUAGUUACAAAUACUGUGUGUAAGUACUUGGUUUCCCUUUCAGUUUAAGCAUUUUGAUAUUACAGUAGGCCCUUGGUAUCUGCUGGGUUUUGGUUCCAGGACCCUAACAAAAACUAUGGAUUCUCAAGUCCCAUUAGAUAAAAUGGUGUAGUGAAAUGGUGUGUAUGUGUAAUAUUCUCAAGCCAUGGAUGAUUGAAUCCGUAGAUAAGAAAUCCAUGGAUACAAAAGGUCAACCGCAGAAUGCAGUGAUUUGUUCUUUCACUACAAAGGCUUAUGAUUGAUAUUCUUUAAGGGAAAGCCAGCUACUCAAGACAGUCCCCCCAAAGUAUUCAUGAAAUAAGACUGCUGUUUACUGCAGAUAUGAAUCUGUUCAUUAUUAAUAUACUUCAGAGAUUUGAGUGGAAGAACAAAUUUACCAUCCCUGAGCAUAAUUCAAUAGGGCUCACAUGUUAGAAUUUUGCUGUAGACAUGGAGUAAGGCUGGCUGCAAGCUCUUCAUCAUUUUCAUAAAGCGUUUUUGUUGUUAUUUUUUUACAUUAAAUAUAUUUUAUUGGUGUAUAUUGUCAAAUUGAAAAUAUUUUUCACAUCUGAUGAUAAACAUGCUACAAACAGUUUCUCUUCCUACUGUUUCUCCGAUAGCUAAGAAAUGUGGCAUGAAUGUCAAUUUUCUUUAACAAGAGCUAUUCUUAUAGUGAGACGGUAGCUCCGGUUACUACUUGCAAAGCAAAGGGUUGUGAUCAUGUAUCACUUUCAUGUACAUCAAAGAUUGAAAGAUGAAAAGGAUGGACUUUCUGCAUUAGCACCUCCUAGGUGACAACUUCUUGAAACAUAAUUUUUAAGUAAACAUUUUAAAUGUCCCAGAAGAUGGCGCCAUAAUACAUGCUUUUGCAACAGAACCACCGCAUUGACCAACAGUGCUUUCCUAUAUAUCAACGUUGGUUAGUUGCACAAAUUCUGCUUUAAUAAUGCAACUUUACUGAAUUCAUCCUAAAUAUU